UUUAUUAUGAAGAUGUCGAGGAAAAAAAAGUUGAAGAAUUUGGACAUGAUGUUGAUAUUUUAAGAAUAGACCCAUUGGCCUUCAAAACUGUGGAGUCCGAACAAUCCGAAUCUAAUUCAGUUAGGAAGUACAUGAUUGAGGAUGGGAACCCUUCUUUCUCUAGCACUACAAUAGAAUCCGAAUCAUUACUGUACAUUGAUGACAAUCCUGGUAGAAGAGGAAAUUUUGGCAAAGAAUCUUCUCGAAUUGACAACUUGAUAAUUCAGAAAAGAAUUCAGACUGAGGAAAAGCUCAUGAAAUGUAAAUUUUGUGAAAAGUCUUUCAGGUUUCCUAGUUGCUUGAUGAGACAUCAAAGAACUCAUACAGGGGAAAAACCAUAUAAUUGUGAAUUUUGUAAUAAGGCUUUUAAUCAAAGUCAUAUCUUGAAAGAGCAUCAAAGAACUCAUACUAGCGAAAAACCAUAUAAUUGUGAAUUUUGCGGAAAAACUUUUAGUAAUAGUAGUAACUUGAAAAGACAUCAUAUGACUCAUACAGGAGAAAAACCAUAUAAAUGUAAAUUUUGCAAAAAGUCUUUUUCUCAAAAUAGAGACUUAUUAGCUCAUCAAAGAACUCAUAGUGGGGAAAAACCAUAUAAUUGUAAAUUCUGUGAUAAGGCUUUUAAUCGAAGUAAUAUCUUAAAAGAUCAUCAAAGAACUCAUACUAAUGGAAAACCAUAUAAUUGUGAAUUUUGCGGAAAAACUUUCAGUUAUAGUUGUAGCUUGAAAUAUCAUCAAAGAACUCAUACUGGAGAAAAACCAUAUAUUUGUGAAUUUUGCAAAAAGUCUUUCAGUAUAAGUAGUAACUUGGUAAGUCAUCAAAGAAUUCAUACUGGGGAAAAACCAUAUAUUUGUAAAUUUUGCAAUAAAUCGUUUUCUCAAAGUGGACAUUUGUCAGGUCAUCAAAGAAUUCAUACGGGGGAGCAAGAAAAACCCUAUAACUGUUUAAUUUGCGAAAAAUCUUUUUCUCUCAGAGAUACACUAAUAACUCAUCAAAGAAUCCAUACCAACGAAAAACCAUUUAACUGUAAAAUUUGCAAUAAGUCUUUCAAUCAAAGAGGGACCUUGAAAAAUCAUCAAAAAAGUCACACCAGAGAAAAUCCAUUCGAUUUCUGUCAAAUUUCAAUGGAUACCAAUGGUCAUAGCUCUGAAAAGAAGGAAGAGGUGAAAUGUGAUGAACAAAUUAAAAGUGAGGAAAGCAUUGAUAUUUAUUAUGAAGAUAUUAAGAAAGAAAUCAAAGAGGAAGAAAUAGGGGAAAUUGCAACAGAUUUGUUGAAAUUGAAUAGUCCCAAGGUUGAACUUAGUCAACAGAAACAAGUGAAAAGUGAGGAUGAAAUUGAUAUUUAUUAUGGAAAUUCCGAUGUGAAAGAAAUUAGAGAAUUUGGACAUGAUCAGAAAGAGGUAAAAUGUGAUGAACAAAUUAAAUGUGAAGAAAGCAUUGAUAUUUAUUAUGGCGAUAUUAAGAGAGAAAUCAAAGAGGAAGAAGGGGAAAGUACAAAAGAUUCGUUAGAAGGUGGUGGUUUCAAGAUUGAACAUUGUCACCAUGAACAGGUUAAAAAUGAGAAGAUCGAUAUUAAUUACGAAGAUAUCGAGGAGACAAAAGGGGACGAAUUUAGACAUGAUGUUGAUAUUCUUAGAAUAGACUCAUUGGCCUAUGAAACUGUCAAGCCCGAAACUAAUUCAGAAAGCAAAUACAUGAUUGAGGAUGGGAACCCUUCUUUGUCUGGCACUACAAUAGUCAAUUGUUGUAUAUCAUUUCUGAUUCCUACUUUCCUGUUUCUUAAACAAAAAAACUUGAAUAAGCUCUCAAUGGAUAUCAGUAAAGAUUAUUACUAUGAUUGCACUGAUAAACAGAAAGAGGUAAAAUGUGAAGAAAGCAUAGAUAUUUGUUAUGGAGAUAUUAAGAGAGAAAUCAAAGAGGAAGAAGGGGAAAGUACAAAAGAUUUGUUGAUAGGUGGUGGUUUCAAGAUUGAACAUUGUCACCAUGAACAGAUUAAAAAUGAGAAGAUUGAUAUUUAUUACGAAGAUAUCAAGGAGACAAAAGUAGAAGAAUUUGGAUAUGAUGUUGAUAUUCUUAGAAUAGACUCAUUGGCCUACCAAACUGUCAAGCCCGAAACUAAUUCAGAAAGCAAAUACAUCAUUGAUGAUGGGAACCCUUGUUUCUCUGGCACUACAAUAGAUACUGAAUCAAAACUAUCCCCUAACAACAAACAAGACAAAAGAAUCUUCAAAGAGGAAAAGACAAUGUUAUCCGAUUUUUCCACAGAAGAGUUCCCAGUUGAGAAAUCCACGAUUUUUGAAAACUCUGAAACAAGUGAAAAUGUUUGUAAAAAAUCAUUUCCUCUAGAUAGCAACUUAAGUAAGAAAAAGUCAUAUAAUUGUGAAUUUUGCAAAAAGUCUUUCUCUUACCGUAGUUUCUUGAAGUGUCAUCAGAGAACUCAUACUGGAGAAAAACCAUAUAAUUGUAAAUUUUGUAAAAAAUCUUUCUCGCAAAAAAGUCACUUAAUAGUUCAUCAAAGAACUCAUAGUGGGGAAAAACCAUAUAGUUGUGAAUUUUGUGAAAUGUCUUUUUUUCAAAAAGGACAUUUGUUAGCUCAUCAAAGAACUCAUACUGGAGAAAAACCAUAUAAUUGUGAACUUUGCAAAAGACCUUUUUCUCGAAAGGGGAGCAUGAUAAUUCAUCAAAGAGUUCAUACUAAAGAAAAACCAUAUAAAUUGUAAAAAAACAAAGGAUAAAACAUUAUAAUGACAUUGUAUGUUA